UGUUAUCCGAGAUACAGUCCAGAGAUAAGAAUCAGGAAAGUAAUUUAUCUCAAUCUUUCAUGCGACAGAUCGAUCACGUUUUGAUAUCCUGGUAGCGGAUCACAGGAUUGUCGUGGUCGAUUGAUGUCAUGAUUCCCGGUAAUGUUCCUCGACCAAUUCUGCUCUGUACUAGUAGUAGCGUGGUGAAAAAAAGGUGCCACUCAAUGUUCUUCUCCGAUGGGUCAUUGAGCCAUGGCAUUGGAUGUUUGCCCUUUGUUAGUUUCCCUAUGCGUCGUGAAUUUAAUCGAGAUGUUCCUUCAGGGUAGCAGUCGAACUGGAUCUCCACUCGCGGUCAUCUUGGUUGGGGUGGGAAUCUUCCAUACGGUCAUGACGAUACCGAACCCGCAAUACGUCCCCCCGACGAACCGUACAUUACCUGGCAAACGGUACGGAGUCAGUCCUGUCUCUCCGGCGCAUCUCUUUUCCUUUUCUGCAUCCAUCAAUCAAUAUUCAAUCUCUCCCUGUUCCCCCUCUUGUAGUCAGGUUGUUGACUUCCUUUGUCUUUCUUUUUCUUGAUUCACCGCCGUUGUUGGUCCCUUGUUUCUUUUCACUGUGUUUUGAAAUUCUUUUGAAUUUCUCCAUCCAUCAUUCCUUGGAGGUGCCUCUGGUUAUGGUCCCGUCACCCUCCGUUGACCAUUACCACUCUACUUAAUACUACUACUUUCUGACGAUACUACUACAACGGGUGAGGAAACAAAAAACAAGCACCACCACCUGA